AUGGACAGAGAGGAUUUCGACUUCUUAACAUUCAUGUUAGUUGAAGAUAAUGAUCAAGAAGAAAGGGAAAUGAGUGCCUUCAAAAAAUCGGACAAAUAUGCAAGAGACAUGGCGUUUAACCUCUUAUCAGCUGGAAGUGAGGCCGUAAGUUCCGGUCUUACUUGGUUUCUUUGGCUUGUGGCAGCUCACCCACUGGUAGAAAAGAGUAUUGUAGAAGAGAUGAAAACAAAUUUAAAUGCAAAAGGAGAUGAGAAGGGGAGGUAUUUCAGUUUUGGAGAGCUAUCUAAGCUAAAUUAUCUCCAAGCAGCUAUAUGCGAGUCCCUCCGACUCUAUCCACCCGUACCUUUCGAGCACACAGUUUCGAUUGACUCGGACAGUCUUCCAAGCGGGCAUCGAAUCGGCAAAAAUACAAGGGUUAUUUAUUGUCCUUACUCAAUGGGAAGGAUGGAAGAGAUAUGGGGGGAAGAUUGCCUAGAAUUCAAGCCAGAGAGGUGGAUUUCAAACAAGGGAGAAAUCAAACAUGUGUCGCCUUACAAGUUCAUAGCAUUUAAUGCAGGGCCGAGAACUUGUAUAGGCAAGGACUUGGCCAUGGUGGAAAUGAAAGCUGUUGGCGCCGCUGUGAUAUGGAAUUAUAGCUUGAAUGUGGUUGAAGAUCAUCCUAUUUUACCAGCUAAUUCUAUAGUCCUUCAUAUGAAACAUGGCUUGAUGGUUAGAGUAUUGAAGAGAUGUCUUUCCUAG